AUCAGUGAAUCAGGUUUAAUAAGUAUUGAUCCUGAGUUGAGUAUCUAGUAAUUUUAUUCUUAUUUCAAUUAAUCUAAUUAUUUUAUUUUUAUUUUAUUUUAAACGCGGGGGCUAAACACAUUGUACUCAUCUUUAAACCCACACACACUUCAAAGCUUGCAAGUCUCUCCCUCCUGUAACUGAAAUUGCAAAAGGUCGUACGAUUUUCUUUCUAGCCGUUUAUAGAGAGAGAGAGAGAGAGAGAGAGAGAGAGAGAGAGAGAGAGAGAGAGAGGAGAGAGAGAAAGUGAUUCUUCUUCGUCUGAUUUCAUUUCUGCAACAAAUUUCAUGCAUAUUUCAAAAGCUUCGCACACAUAAAACACAUUUCUGCGCUCAUUUGUAUGUUUUUGUGUAUGGAUCUCUUAGGAUUUUUGUUCGGAGUAGAAUUCUGGAAAUUGUUUCUGAUGAUUGACUAUAUUUUCUUUCGCAGGGACGGAUUUGUGAUGAAUUUUUGCAUUUCGGUUCUGUUCUUCGCGAUUUUUCUCUUCGGCCAUUCCUCUGCUCUUAAGCAAGGAGAAACGUGCAUCGCGGACAAAAACUGCGACGCAGGACUGCAUUGCGAAACUUGCAUCGCGAAUGGAGGUAUCAGGCCGCGGUGUACUCGAAUCCAGCCGAUCAAUCCCCUUUCUAAGGUGAAAGGAUUGCCGUUUAAUCGGUACUCGUGGCUAACAACUCACAAUUCCUUUGCGAGAUUGGGGGCGAGGUCAGCUACAGGAAGCGUGAUUUUAUCUCCACAGAAUCAACAGGACUCCAUUACUAAGCAGCUCAAUAAUGGGGUCAGAGGGUUGAUGCUCGAUAUGUAUGACUUCGAAAACGAUGUUUGGUUAUGCCACUCGUUCGGUGGCAAGUGCUACAACUACACAUCUUUUCAACCUGCCGUAAAUGUUUUGAAAGAGGUCCAGCUGUUUCUCAAAGCAAACCCUACUGAAAUAGUCACAAUAAUCAUCGAAGAUUACGUUACAUCUCCAAAGGGCUUGACAAAUGUUUUUAAUGCCUCUGGGUUGAAGGAAUUUUGGUUUCCAGUAACUCGAAUGCCGAAAAACGGUGGCGACUGGCCCACAGUUGAUGACAUGGUUAGAAAGAACCAGCGUUUAGUUGUCUUCACUUCUAAAUCUUCCAAGGAAUCUUCGGAGGGCAUUGCCUAUGAUUGGAGAUACUUUGAGGAAAAUCAAUAUGGUAAUGGUGGAAUGGUGGCUGGAUCAUGUCCUAAACGAGCAGAAUCGCCUGCAAUGAAUGCAACAUCGAGGUCACUUGUUGUAAUGAACUAUUUUCCCGAUAAUCCAGAUGUGGUGCAAGCUUGCAAACAAAAUUCAGGGCCUUUAGUUACCAUGAUGAACACAUGUUAUCAAGCAGCUGGUGGAAGGUGGCCUAAUUUUAUUGCAGUUGAUUUUUACAAGAGAAGUGAUGGAGGAGGAGCAGCUGAGGCAGUAGAUAUGGCUAAUGGUCAACUCGUUUGUGGCUGCAAAUCUAUAUCCUUUUGCAAGGAGAAUAUGAAAUUCGGAGCAUGUGAAUUACCCGAGGCAAGUAUUGCCCCCACUCCAGCAGUCAAAACCGAAACCAGCUUCGCGAUAUUUGACAGCUCACCAAUUCGAUUUCAAUGGAUCUUCAGUCUAUUUUUCAUGGUAACUCUGUCACUGUAAAUUUUCGAUCUUAUAGUACAAUAUGAUAACGCUGGCAGAUGAAUAUUGGAUCAAGAAAAUAGCUUUGGUAGAUCAACAAUUGCAUCAAGAAAA